AUGACGCAGCAGGAGCUCUCUUCUUGCUCUGACAGUCAACCACCGCUACAAACACUACAAUCCUUAUCAAAUCCGUCAAGUCCAUCAAAUUCAUCAAAUCCAUCAAGUCCAACCCGUAAUAGUCACUCAUCAUACACUGUCAGCUUUUUGGAUAAUACUGCAACCAUACCUUUCUAUGAAUACACAACCUUACCACCUGGCUACCUUCCCACAACGUCAAUAGGCUGCUUGUUUCAACAUGUACUUCCCCCAAUUAGUUUACCUGGUGUCGACAGACUUUCAAUGCAAGCUGAUACACCCAUGCCAGAAUUUCCUGACGAGGAUGUCGUUCCUGACGAGGAUGUCGAAACUGAAAAGAAGAGCUCGAAAAGUAAACGAGGAAGAAAUGAGGGUGAAGCUCGAGAUGAACAUGAUAGUCAAUCGAGAAGGAAGAGAGUGAAAGGUAAAGGAAAAGAAGAAGGAAACCCAUCAACUUCUCAGGGUCCAUCGACCAGAUUGAACACCUCGCCAAAGAAAUCGAGUCUGCAGAAAUCAACACCAGCUAGUACUAGACGUCCUUCAAGUACAGCUGCACUAGCUUUCUGGCAAUCUCUUGACAAGAUUACUUUCGAGCUCGACAGUAAUCUACUCGACGAGAAGAUCGAUAGUCGAUUGAAACAACUGUCUAUCAACCAUUCUACCGCAGCCACCAACAGCCACUUCCCGACAUUCAUGAACACAUGGUGGAGCAAGAUGAUAUGCUCAGAAGGUAAAUAUACCUAUUGGACAGAAGACGGUAUCCAAGCUAUGCAGAAUGGCGAAACCUUCUCAACUUAUCAAGAUCGCAAAAGAGAAUGGGUUAAACUUGUCGACAUUGCGGGUGGAGAACUUCCAGUAACUUCUUUAAUUCAAGAUGCGCUUGGAGAUUUAGCAAAUGAAUACGUCAAAAGGGAUUACAACUUCCACACUCCCAAUGAUUUGGUCAGAAGGUUAUGGAAAUUUGCUGGAUUGGUCGGCUCAGGAACUUCAGAUUUGGAUACGAACGAAAUUCUACCUUCAUCCACCUAUGGUUCAAACCCUGUUCAACCUGACAACUGUCCUCCUAUUUCCGUCUACGAGAACAAACCAUAUAUGUCCUUUAGGGAUGUUGUCAUUUUUAUGGGUUUACUCGCACAGCAAGAUGUCGAGCUUUCCUAUAGCAAAGAAAAGCUUAUAUGUACUAGGAAGGGAGGAGCAAAUGAUUUAGGGGUGAUUCGUUGGUCAGAAUUGUCCAUGGGAAUGCAGCACAUACUUGCGCAGGUUGUCGAACAGCUUCAUGUCAACCGAGCCCGAUUUUGCGUUCUCGGUAAUUACGAUGCUUUCAUCUUGUUCUACCUUUCCGCGACGCACAAAUGUAGAGUAUCUCGAGUCAUCUUACGAGAUCCCCUCGACCCGGAACGCUCUUUUACGCCUCAAUUCUUGGAAUCUCUGGUUGCAUCCGCUAAUGCACCCGUGAAAGAAACGAUCAAAACGAUAAUCCAGGCUGCUAUAGCGAGAAAAACUUUUCCCACGACAACAUCGUCCCUUAUCACCAACCAUCAAGCUAGCCAAACAACCCCAUUGUCUCUAUUCACCGGUUUACUCCUCACUCGACCUGAAGAGCAACCAGAUAAAAUGUUUGUCCCAAAGGACAUUGUCGACCCGCUUCGCCAACUCUUAAACGAAGAGAAGAAAGCUAGAUUGGGAGGCAAGCAGCGACAACCGCAGAACAGAUCUCGGACGGCUCAGUCUCUACCACCUCUCGAUACUCAACCUCAAAGUAGAUCAGGACCAUCCAUCUUUACCAACUUACCUGCUGAAACUGCAUCAUCAACUAAAAAUGAAGCUGUCCGGUCAAAGGAUCCUCAACAUUCUUCCGGACAUAUUAGCCGUGAUAAUCCUCAUAUCAAUCUCAACCUCUCUCGUAUCAGUUAUGCAAAUAUCACGAACAUGAAGCUGCGUGUCACACUCAAGGAUUCCUCCAUUCUGCAAUCUAAUUUGCAUUCGAAUUCUGAUGGACGACAUCGACCUUAUCACCAAUUACCUGAACACAUUGAUACAAGUCGAUGGUCAAUUAUUGCUGCAUCCCAUCCAGCUCGAGUUUCAGAUGUCCCAUCUCUAGCUAGUGAUGUUUCUACUUUGGAAAGUGACCCUCCUAGCUCGCCACUCGACGUACGUUCUACACAUCACGACAGGAGAUCGACUAUGGCUAGCGUACCCGUCUUACCUGGGCUUACAACUCAACCAGAAGCAACAAUCCAGCUUUCCAAUUACCUCUCAGGGGGUCGCUUGUAUGAUGUUUACCUAGCGAAUAUCACCCUCAAGACAAAAAGUUAUUUAGAUCAAGAUGGUAUUUUGGUCAACAACAGUAAACCCAUACAAGUCGUGGUUAAGAUAAUAAACCUUGACAGUUUCCCUACUAGAAUUGAAGACGUUGAGAAGUCUGAAGAUACAUCUUAUAUUUAUACAAAACAAGAAGCAGAGUCAGCUGUUAUGAAAGAAUCAUAUAUUCUAGUCAACAUCCUAUCAUCCUCAUCUUCAAACAAAUUCAGAAAUCCUAAAUAUUCAACUAAACUACAUGGUGUAGUACCUCAUUAUUAUGGUCUAUGGGAAUCUAGUAACGGUAAAAGCAAGAUUAUGAUGAUGGUUCUAGAAUAUUGUGGUGAAUCGGUUUUCCAGAAAAAUGAGGAGCUUACAGGAGAUACGAUCAACGAAAUCUUAGACGCUUAUGAUACGGUACAUUCUUCUGGAGUUGUCCACGAUGAUGUUCAAAAGAGACAUAUUCUUAGACAUCCACAAGAUCAAGGUAUCGUUAUAAUCGAUUUCGAGGCUGCAUCUUGGAGACCUGCAGAAACGGACUUAGAUAACUUAUGGGAAUGGGGUAAUCGAAGAGUUGCUGAGGAAGAUGAAGUCCAUGAAUUGAUAGGAUUACCUACGUGGGGAGAAAUGUGA